AUGCGUAAAUCCAUUCCUCUCAGGAUUUCCAUAAAAAUGGUUUCAGAAGCACCAAAGCUAAAAAUUUCAAUAAAAACAGAAAAUAGAGAACAAGUAAAAUCAAGAGAGCAAACUAAAAGAGAAGGUAUCGUAAAAAUUCUUGAAAAACCAGGAGCUUUAAAAUGGUUAAAAUCCACAUCAGGUGCUAGAUUCCAAAAAGUAUGAUCAUCAUUAUCUCCUUCUCCUGUAAUAAGUAUUUCACAGUUAAAUAACUGAGAUGUUAUCAAUGGAUAUAUUGGCCCAAAAUUUAAAAAUCGAGAUUCUCAGCUCCCCCAUGCACCUUUCACAAAAAGUCCUGGUCUUCAAAUGGGGAUGAUCUGUCCAAAAGUUUUAUCAGAAAAAGAGCCAAAGCAAUCUUUAAACAAAGCAUUAUCCUAUAUUGGGCUAAGAAAAAAAGGGCAUGAUAGGGCUGAUGCGAUUUAUUUGAGCUCAAUACAAGCUUUUCGGGCUGAGAAAAAUAAAGAAAAAUGCUGCUCAAAAGAAAUGCUGAAGCUUAAAACAUUUGAAGGUUUUAAUGAAAAUAAGGAUGAGGCUUAUGGGUCGUUGAUAAAUGAUUAUGAUGAAUUUCGAAAAAUGUUUGAAAUUUCUAAUGGAGCUAUUAAAAAGAAAGAAAAUUAUGAAGAACUUUUUAAGCCCACACAUGUAAUGACUGCGAGAGAAAAAAAGAAAAUAAAUAUAGAUUGUGUGAGUGAUGCUUUUUCCGCUGGAUCAGCUUCGCCGCACUACUUGAGACAGUCUGAUUUUAUAAGUAUUUUAAAUAGUGAAAAUAGCGUGCUAGAAGCGGAAACAGAGGAAUCUUAUAGGAAACCUAUUAGGAAAGGGAUUCCAAAGUCUCAAAGAAUUUCUAACUCCUUCUCUUUAAUUAUUUUAAAAAAAUUUUUUUUCUUUAUAUGAAAGAUUUUAUUAAUAUAUAAAUUCUAUUAAUAUAAUUAAACCUCUAGUCCUGUUAAAUUUUUUAAAAAAAAUCCUAAAACAUAAAUUUAAUUUUUACUUCCAAUUUUUAAAACUGAAUUUUUUUAAAAUUAUAAAUGCAUAAUUUUUUGCCCACUUCAAGGGGGAGAGUAAGCAUAUUGAUAGGACUUUUAAUAAUAAAAUUUCCCAUGAAAAAUUAGACGAAAUAAAAGAUGAUUCCGUUGAAAUUGCAGGAAAAGAAUUAAAAGGCAUUUUAGAUGGAAAUAGAAUUACAUUUAACCUUGAUGACCUUAAUCAAGAAUUGAUAAAUGAGUUAAAAGAAAAAAAAAAGAGAAAUGAGAAAAAGACAAAAGAAACCAUAAAAGAUAUUAGAAUAAAACAAAAUAAAAAACUGAAAGGCAGAGAAAAAUUAGGAACUUCACAAAAUAUUCAUAAUCAAUAUCACCAAAAUUUAAAUCUAAUGAGAUUAUCUGUGAGAAAAAAUAAAAAUGAAGAAGAGGAAAUGAUCAGAAAUAUUCUUUUGGAAAAGAGUAAAAAUCCAAAGAAAAAGGAGCUUUCACGAAUAAAAAGCUCUGAUAAGGAUUUUUUCAAUUCACAACUUGAGAAAAAACUGUCAUCUAUAAGCAGUAUCAGUGAGCGUUUUUCUUAA